AUGAGGAAUGCUGAUGAAGAGUUGCAGCAACAAAUGAGGUCUCAACACCGAGUGUUUGAGAUUUCGCUGGCUGAUCUUCAAAAUGAGAUCAGUUUUUCAGAAAGAUUUUGUCUGAGAGCUGAGGAUGUUCAGGGCCUUAAUGUGCCCAUCAAAGGUAUUGACUUCACCACUAACAAGUUGAGGUACCUGGUUCACAAGUGUAAGACUUUGACUGAGGCUCAUGUUGAUGUCAAGACGACUGCCAAUUUCACCCUGCAUAUGUUCUGCAUUGUAUUCACCAAAAUAUGUUCCAACCAAGUCAAGAGGACCACCUAUGCUUACUCUAGCUACCCAGAUCUUCCAGGUUUUUCUGUCACACUAAUUGACAUCCCUUUGUUUAUGUUCUCAUUUUUCUGGGGAAUUAAGUGUUGA